AUGUUUUGGGCGACGAAACUAAUUCAAGAGGCAGACCAUCCGAAUCUCAACCUCACUCAGGAGGAGAAGCGGGCAUUCUUCCAGCUUUUUCAAGCAGCAGACACUACGAAUAUCGGUGUCAUUACCGGCGAACAUGCAGUGCCAUUCUUUGAAAAGACUAAGCUUCCUCCGGAUACUCUCGGCCUGAUAUGGCAAAUCGCCGACAAAGAGAACCGUGGACUUUUAACGCCAGCCGGAUUUUCUAUAGUUUUGCGAUUGAUUGGACACGCACAGGCUGGUCGUUCUCCUACAGAAGAGUUGGCUUUGCAACCUGGUCCUUUACCUCGAUUUGAUGGAAUCUCUAUUUCAACUCCGUCUCGCCCGGCCACGGCAAGCCCUCCGCCAGCUGCCUCGGGUGGCCCGGUCAGAGUACCACCAUUGAGCCCGGAAGAUGUGAACAAAUUCAACUCUCUCUUUGAAAAAUCAGACACGCCAAACGGUUUUAUAUCAGGUGAAACUGCGAAGCAGAUUUUUGAGCGUGCCCGGCUACCCAAUGAUAUCUUGGGACGGAUUUGGAACCUCGCAGACAUAACUCAGCGUGGUCAAUUGGACGCCACGGAGUUUAUUAUUGCCAUGCACAUGUUGACAUCGUACAAAACUGGCGUUAUGCGAGGCAUCCCAUCAUCGCUCCCCGCCGGACUAUACGAAGCAGCAUCAAAACGAGGUCUCGCUCGUACCCCAACAGGACCUCGCGUUGGUUCGGACGUACCACCUGUGCCCGCUAUUCCAACACAGUUUUCCGGAUCCCAGCGGACGCAAAGCCCGUUGAACCGGCAACAAUUUGCCUCGCCCCUCUCUGCGCAUUCCACAGGCGCUGACUGGCUGAUUAACCCACAAGAGAAAGCCCAGUUCGACAACAUCUUUGCCACUGUAGAUACUGCGAAGGCUGGCAUUAUCAAUGGCGACCAAGCUGUUACCUUUUUCACCAAUGCUCAGCUAGGAGAGGAUGUACUUGCUCAGAUAUGGGAUCUCGCAGAUAUAGAUGCAGAUGGACAGCUUACUAGGGACGAAUUCGCAGUUGCUAUGUACUUGGUGCGCCAGCAAAGAAGCAGGAAAGAGCCACUGCCCACCACGCUUCCACCGGCAUUGAUCCCGCCUAGUAUGCGCCGUCAAGAGGCACCGCCUGCUGUUGCUCCGGUGGCUCCGGCACCACCGCCAUUGCCACGAUCUGCAGCUGAAGAUCUUUUCGGACUUGAUACGUUUGAUGCACCCGCAGCUCCUACCGCUCCUGCGAUUCCGCAGACAACUGGAGGUUCAAAUGCGCCUUUCCAGUCUCCUGGAUCCCCAUCUUCACGGACCUCACACCAGGCGUCGUCAGCCACAACAUUCAAACCGUUUGUUCCGUCCUCACUGUUUGGGCAAAGCCUCAACCCACAGGUUACCGGAGCAGGAGCUACAGCAAAGUCUCCUUCCCCUAGUUCUGACGAUCUUUUGGGUGACAAUGACCCGGAGGAAUCCAAUAAACUUACUCAAGAAACUACAGAACUGGCGAACCUGUCCAACCAGAUUGGCUCCUUGUCCAAGGAAAUGCAAAACGUGCAGACACGGCGUGUUUCUACGGAACAGGAAUUUACGCAAUCAUCGCAGCAAAAACGUGACUUUGAGACACGGUUGGCCCAGGCUAGAGCUAUGUAUGAAAAAGAGGCGAAGGACUUCAAGGCACUAGAGGACCGCUUGAACGCAUCCCGCGCAGAGACCAAGAAACUCCAGCAGGAUCAUGCUCUGAUUGAAGGCAGUCGUCAAGAUUUGCAGAACCAGUACAACCAAGUUUCUGCUGCGCUUGCUGCUGAUCAAAAUGAGAAUGUUUCGCUGAAGGAGAAGAUACGUCAGGCCAACGCGGCUGUCAGCCAGCUCAAGCCCGCUUUGGAGAAAGCCCGCUCCGACGCACGUCAGCAAAAGGGUCUCGUGGCUAUUAACAAAAAACAGUUGGCAACUGUUGAGGGAGAACGAGACAAAGCCCAAAGCGAGAUCGAUUCGUUAGCAAAAGAAAACCAAGAACUGGAGGAGUCUACUAAGUCUGCUUCUGGCUCUGCUGCUAUUGUCAGCCCUAGCUUGUCUACUGCCAGUCACCAAACCAACCCUUUUUUCCGACGCACCACCACAGAAACUUCACCUGAAGCCGUGGUUUCUCCUGGGUCUAACCCACAGGCUGCAUUUGACAAUCUCUUUGGCCCGGCAUCUGCCACCGCAUCAACGUCUACACCGCCACCUCAAACCUCAUUCGGUGCCGCUCCGCCAUUCUCGCAAAAUGCUAGGGAAGCCUCGAAGAGCCCCUUCACUUCUGGUGCACCGACACCAUCUGUUUCUCCACCGCCUUUUGAGCCACCUCCAGCAUCCGACUCGCGCCAGAUAACUCCUAGCUACUUUCAAACAAGCAAUGAAAACCACGCGCGAUCUGUGACGUCUUCUACAGCCGUAUCUCCUCCUGUCAGCCGUUUUGGCGGGUUCGAUACCUCCGAGGCUGGGACCCCUGCACCUCAGGAGUCGGCAAGCGUGGCACGGGAGCCGUCUAACUUGGGAAAUGAGACAUCUUCUGCGGUUUCUCCUUUCGAUGAUGUACCCAAGAAACCCGCACCUGAAGAGGCGACUUCUCCUAGUGCUCCCACGCAAAUUUCUACUCAGCUGACGGGUGGUCCAUCUCCUGAGAAAACCAACGACACAGCCGAACCAUCUCCAAGUCAGGCGAAAGAGGAAAGUUUUGAUGAGCUUUUUGGUAGUGUUGCCCGUGAACGAUCCCAAUCCCAAAAAGCCAAUGAUUUCGAUGAAGCAUUCGCUGGGAUGAAACCGCGUGGUGGCGAGGCCCCUAAUGCUUUUGGAGAGUUCCCCCCUAUCAAGGAAUUUGAAGCAGACGACGACGACGAUGAUGACAGCACCGACAGCGAGGCACCAAUGGGGUUUGAUGAUAACUUCACUCCAGUUUCUCCUCCACCAAAGGAGGACCACGCAAAGAACGAGUCCAUCGAUGCAACACAGCUACAAGCGUUUCCAGUUCCCGGCGCUAAUGCGGCUUCUACAGAGCCACCGGCUUCGGAUGCUCAGCAAUCACCUCCCAGCUAUGACGGAUCCAGUGCGAACAAGGAACCCGGCCACUUCCCUCGUACAUUUGAUGGCUUGCUACCCAACCGAGCUGACCCAACUCUAGCACCAGAUGCUCCUCAUACUGUUGAGUCGUCUAGCGGGGCUCCUAUUGUUGCUGGUGAGGCCCAAAAGAAGUCUGGUGCUCCUGAUUUCGAUGCGGCCUUUGCCGGUCUUGACCUAGCACCUGCGAAAGAAGAAGAAGAUGAUGAUUCAGACGACGAGGAAGAUGCCGGUCCUGACUCUAAGAAGCCAGCCAACGAUUUUGAUUUUUCGUUUGAGUCUCCCUCGCAGUCCGCCAAGCCGGUUUCAACUCCCUCAGCCCAGCCCGGCCAAGCUAACACUGCGGCUGCUGAUUUCUUCAAUUUCGACAACAAUGUUGAUGCAUCUAAGAAUUCGGAACUUGGAAGCGAGAAACCUCCGACAACUGACCAUGAUUGGGAUGCUAUCUUCACUCCUUCUCAAAAGGCACCUGAAGGUGGCAGCAAUGGUUUCCAUGCGUCCGAUUCUCAAGCUGCUGGUGGAGGGAAUAAGCGCUCGCCUGGAUGGGCACUUGCUUCCGAAACAGGUGAAGACGAUUUGAUCUUGAAGCGACUAACUGGUAUGGGCUUCCCUCGCGACGAGUCGCUGGCUGCUCUGGAGAAGUUCGAUUACAAUAUUGACAAGGCUGCCGACUAUCUAAGCUCCAGAACUUAA